UUUUCUUUCUACCAUUCCUUCGAGCGUGUAUAUAAGCCCUUUCCUUCUCCCCAUCAAAAUCCCCAUCGGCUUCUUCGUCACCGCGAAAACAAGAGCCAAAGCCUUUAAGGAUCAGUUUUUUUUUCCUCCUAUCACGACCAUUCAUCACUGUAAGGAAGUUGGCCAUUUGGUCUGCUGUUCUGUAGUUCAAAGUGGAGGGCGUUACGUUUGAAACUCCUUUUAUGUCUGAACGGGCCUCUCUCUUUUUGUCAUCGAUUGGAUUGCUUGGAGAGUAUUGUCCUACGUCUAGGAAAAAGAUCAGCUGUGCUGAGACCAUUGGCUGCAUGCAUCUUGAGUUGCUAGGAGCUCAUAGAAAAGCACGAGGUCUUGGUUUCCAUUUUAUGCGGUCUUUCCCAGCUGCUCAAAGAGCAUCAGGACUUUUUGAAGAUACUGCCACUUCUACCUAUCUUUUCUAACUAGAACUUGCAGUAUUUCUGUUUUUUAACAUGGCGUUGCAGAAUAUUGGUGCCUCAAACCGCGAUGAUGCCUUCUAUAGGUAUAAAAUGCCUAAGAUGGUUACUAAAAUUGAAGGUAGAGGCAAUGGCAUCAAGACUAAUGUAGUUAACAUGGUGGAAAUUGCAAAGGCCUUGGGCAGACCUGCCUCUUACACUACCAAGUACUUUGGAUGUGAACUUGGUGCACAAUCCAAGUUCGAUGAGAAAACUGGAACUUCUCUUGUAAAUGGUGCACACGAGACAGCAAAGCUGGCUGGUCUUCUUGAAAACUUCAUCAAGAAAUAUGUUCAAUGCUAUGGAUGUGGUAACCCUGAGACUGAGAUAAUCAUCACGAAGACGCAGAUGAUCACUAUGAAAUGUGCUGCCUGUGGAUUCAUAUCUGAUGUUGACAUGAGAGAUAAACUCACAACAUUUAUUCUCAAGAACCCACCUGAACAGAAGAAGGGAUCAAAAGACAAGAAAGCAAUGAGGAGGGCUGAGAAGGAACGGCUUAAGGAGGGAGAGGCUGCCGAUGAGGAGCAGAAGAAAAUAAAAAAGGAUGUUCUAAAAAAGAAAAGCACUACUACAAAGGAUGCUGUAACCAAAGUUCCAAGCAAGAAAAAGAAUAAUGGCUCAGAUGAAGAUCAUUCUCCAACUCGUAGCCAUGCUGAUGAUAAUGACCGAGCAGCUGAUGACGAAGAUGAUGAUGACGUGCAGUGGCAAACGGAUACUUCUUUAGAGGCAGCCAAGCAGCGUAUUCAGGAGCAGUUGAGUGCUGUCACUGCAGAUAUGGUCAUGCUCUCAACUACUGAAGAGAACAAGUCGUCAAAGAAGUCAUCUGAGCAUGAGAAGUCUGCAGCCAAUGGUAACAAGAAUGGAAAUGGAGUUUCUACACAUGGUGCCCUCAUUCAAGAAAUCAAAGAUUAUUUGAAGAAAGGUGCAUCCACAACCGAUCUCAAAUCAUUCUUGGAAUCACUCGCUGGAACUCGCCAAGAGAUUGUGAACGCCUUAGUCGAAGCUCUAUUUGAUGGUGUUGGCAAAGGCUUCUCUAAGGAAGUAGUGAAGAAGAAGAAGUUCCUGGCUGUAGUUGCUGCUGUGGAAGGAUCACAGAUAAUUCUUUUACGUGCCAUUGAAUCUUUCUGUCUCAACACAAGUCCAGAGGCGGGUAAGGAGGUUGCCCUUGUCCUGAAAUCACUAUACGAUGGCGAUGUAAUAGAGGAGGAAUUCGUACUAGAGUGGUACCAGCAGGGUGUGGCUGGUGCAAACAAAAGCUCUCAAAUCUGGAAAUACGUAAAGCCAUUCAUCGAAUGGCUCCAAAAUGCUGAGUCGGAGACGGAAGAAGAGUAAGAAUAAUAUUACUGCAUGCCUUUUCGUUAUGCUAUCUCUCUGCCUAUGCGUUGGGUUUUAAAUUUUACUGUCAUAGUUUUUCGUUUAGCAUUUCUGGAAUAAGGGAUGAUCGUGUUGUGUUCUCAUGUCUACGUGUUCAAUUUGGGUGUCUUUGGGUUUAUAUGAACCUUGUCUUUGAACAAUGGUAUUGUAUUUGUUUUUUCUUCAACUAGUAGCGUGUCUCUUAUAAAAGCACUUCUUUAGAACUGCUGUUUAGUUUUUAUUGAAAAAUGGUAUUGCUAUUUCUUGUUUCUUUA